AUGGAGACAGUUUCAGGGUCUGGUUGUGCAACCACCAAGAAGAACGAGAACGUAAUUAGAGCUCUGGUAGUGGACGACUCGCCUGUAGAACGGAUGGUCAAUGGUUCAAUCUUGAACAAGCUGUUGAAAACAGAACGCUACCAAGAAGCUGUAGAUGGAAAUGAAGCCGUCAACCUCCACAAAACUCCUGCUGGUCAGGGGAUCAAACACAAAUUAUUCGAUCUCAUCCUAAUGGAUUCUCACAUGCCAAACAUGAACGACAUUCAGUACAUUAUCAAUCUUUUAGGCAACAAGAAUCUGAGAGAAAUGGGGAUAAGCUCCAUAAUAAUCGGAGUGUCAAGGGAGGAAAAUACAGCGCAGAGGUUCAAAGAAGCAGGAGCAAAUAGCUAUGUGCAAAAGCCUUUAUCUGCUGGGAAACUUAAACCCAUUCUUGAAGAGUUUAAGCUGAUCUACUAG